AUGGACUUUGCAUACGAUCAUAUCCAGGAGGAGAUUCUAAGUUCGAACCGAGACGAGAAGCAAGAAGACGGCAGCAGCCCCUCGACCAACAGCAACAAGAACUUAGAUCUUGGCGCCGAGUUCGAAGAGACCUUUCGCGCCUUCUCCAACAGCCCGUGGGGUGCAAGGAUUGGCGGACUGUGGAGUAAUGUGCGCAAGCAAGGAGAGAGUUAUUACGAAGGCGCUCGACAGGAGUACGCCGCCGUGAGCGAGGAAGCCAGCAAAGGCUUCACCGAUCUUCGCGACACCAUCGUUGACCGCACCAAGGGGAUAUCGCUUGGUGGCGCUUUAUCGGUCAUUACCUCGACUAACGAGCAUAACGAAGCUUCCGCAUCCACAACGGCAGAUGGUGAACCCAAAGAUGACCAGAAGGGACCUAAUGAGCAGACCGAGGAGAGCGAGGGGUUUAUCUCACGAUUCCGCGCCGAAGCGGCGAAGAGACUGAAGGAGAUUGAAAAGGCGGAGGACGCGGCGGAUGAGGCUCUGAUUCGCUUCGGUACCAAUGUUCGGAAUUUUCUGCGAGAUGCGGUUAGCAUUGCUCCGCCGGAACAAGGGUCUGAUAAGAUACUCUUCGAGAGUAAGGAUUCGGAGGGGAAACGUGUCUUCCAUGCUACUCGUCUCGAAGCUCAAUUGCACGCUAUCCAUACGAAUCUAGAAGGCUUGAAGAAAGAUCCGGACAGCGAGCAAUGGACCACAUUUAAGAAGGAUUUUAAUGUGGAGAGCAAAACCGACGAUAUCGCCAGGGAUCUAGAGCAAUAUGCUGAAUUACGCAGAGCGAUGGAAAAGCUUGUUCCUGAAACAGUGGACUAUAGCGGAUUUUGGUCGCGGUAUUAUUUCCUUCGUUUGGCUGUCGAGACUGAAGAACAGAGGCGCAAGGAGCUCCUCAAAGGUGCUCACAACGCAGCCGAUGAGGAAGAAAUUGGCUGGGAUGAGGACUCUGAUUCAGAAUCCGAAUCCCCGUCCACCCCCCAAGUGAAGACCAAGCAAAGCGUCGCAUCCUCCCAGAACCUUACCGUCACAGGCGACUCCAGCAAAUCCGACGAGCCUCGCAGAUCAAAUGAUCAGAAUUCACAACCAGACAGUGAAUCGAGCUACGAUGUUGUUAGCGGCGCUACAAGCCAGACUCCUGCCAGUCCUCGCGAGAAACCAUCCGCAAAGGCGGAUGAUAGCGACGAGGAAGAUUGGGAGUAG